CGGUUGGCGGGAGUGGCGGCUGAGGCAGGUCCCUCGGCGGCUGGCCCGCGGCAGUCUUCCAUCGGCGCUGUCCAGCCAUGGAGCCCACCGCGGGCAGAGGGGAUGAGCGUGGAGGGAGCGCGGCGGCAGGGGAGUGCGUGGACAAGAUCCCGGUGCCACGGCCGCCGUCCAUUGAGGAAUUCACCAUCGUGAAGCCCAUUAGCCGAGGCGCCUUCGGGAAAGUGUACCUGGGGCAGAAAGGCGGCAAGCUGUACGCAGUGAAGGUUGUCAAGAAAGCAGACAUGAUCAACAAAAAUAUGACUCAUCAGGUCCAAGCUGAGAGAGAUGCACUAGCACUGAGCAAAAGUCCUUUCAUUGUCCAUUUGUAUUAUUCACUGCAGUCGGCAAGCAAUGUCUACUUGGUAAUGGAGUAUCUUAUUGGUGGAGACGUUAAGUCCCUUCUACAUAUCUAUGGUUACUUUGAUGAAGAGAUGGCUGUGAAGUACAUUUCUGAAGUAGCACUGGCUCUGGACUACCUUCACAGACAUGGAAUCAUCCACAGGGAUCUGAAACCAGACAAUAUGCUUAUUUCUAAUGAGGGUCAUAUUAAACUGACAGAUUUUGGCCUUUCCAAAGUUACUUUGAAUAGAGAUAUCAAUAUGAUGGAUAUCCUUACAACACCUUCAAUGGCGAAACCUAGACAAGAUUAUUCAAGAACCCCAGGACAAGUGUUAUCUCUCAUCAGCUCCUUGGGAUUUUGCACACCAGUUGCAGAAAAAAACCAAGACUCUGCAGAUAUCCUUUCAACCCAUCUAUCUGAAACAUCACAGCUUUCUCAGGGAUCAGUCUGUCCUAUGUCCACAGACCAAAAGGACACAGCUCCGUAUCCUAGCAAGCUACUAAAAUCAUAUCUUGAGACACUUGCCUCCAACCCAGGAAUGCCUGUGAAGUGUCUAACUUCUAAUCUGCUCCAGUCUAGGAAAAGGCUGGCUACAUCCAGUGCCAGUAGUCAGUCUCACACUUUCGUGUCCAGUGUGGAAUCAGAAUGCCACAGCAGUCCCAAAUGGGAAAAAGAUUGCCAGGAAAGUGACGAAGUAUUGGGCUCUACAGUCAUGAAUUGGAACACUGUUGAAAAGUUAUGCACAAAAUCUACAAGUGCUAUUGAUCUUGAGUUAGCACUUUCUCCUAUUCAUAACAGCAGUACCAUUCCUGCUACUGAAAGUUCUUGUGGAAACCUUGCCAAAAAAAGCAUCUCCGAGGAUGUUUCUUGGGAAGCAAGAGAACUGGAUGUUUGUAAUAUAAAUAUGGCCUCUGACACAAGGCAGUCUGAUUUCUGUCAGUCAGAUCAGUGGGCUGUGGAUUCUGGUGGUCUCUCUGAAGAGCACCUUGGGAAAAGAAGUUUAAAAAGGAAUUUUGAGUUGGUUGACUCCAGUCCUUGUCAGGAAAUUAUACAGAAUAAAAAAAAUUGUGUAGAGUAUAAGCACAGUAGUGAAAUGAUAGAUUAUUGUACAAGUCAAAGAACAGGCUUAACAGCUGAAGUCCAGAACCUUAAACUGUCGGCAUAUAGAAAUUGGCAAAAUGACUGUGCCAAUAAGGAGAACAUUGCCAAUUCUUACAUUGAUAAACAACAAACACCUGAAAGAUUACCUAUACCGAUGAUAGCAAAAAAUCUGAUGUGUGAACUCGAUGAAGAUUGUGAAAAGAAUAACAAGAAGGACUAUGGAAGCUCUAAUUGUCUGUGCUUAGAUGAUGAUAAAACUUCCAAAAGUAUUUAUAUGGAUUCUGAUUCAUCUUUUCCUGGAAUUUCUGUAAUGGAAAAUUCAUUGGAAAGGCAGUGCUUAGAUCCAGAUAAAAGCAUCAAAGAAUCCUCUUUUGAAGAGUCAAAUAUUGAAGAUCUACUUACUGUAUCACCAAACUGCCAAGAGAAUACUUUGCCAAAAGGUGAUGAGGACACUACUGUCCAGGAUGGUAACCAAAAAAUGCUAGCUCCUUCUUCCGAGGUGUUGAAAACAGUAACCCUGUCUAAAAGGAAUGCUGUAGCUUUCCGAAGUUUCAACAGUCAUAUUAACACAUCCAACAACUCAGAACCAUCCAAAAUGAGCAUUACUUCUUUAGACGCAAUGGAUAUUUCAUGUGCAUACAGUGGUUCAUAUCCCAUGGCUGUAACCCCUACACAAAAAGGAAGAUCCUAUAUACCAUACCAGCAGACCCCAAAUCAGAUCAAGUCAGAAACUCCAUAUCGAACACCAAAGAGUGUGAGAAGAGGGGCAGCCCCCAUGGAUGAUGGGCGCAUUCUAGGAACCCCAGACUACCUCGCACCUGAGCUGUUAUUAGGCACAGCCCACGGUCCUGCAGUAGACUGGUGGGCACUUGGAGUGUGCUUGUUUGAAUUUCUAACGGGCAUUCCCCCUUUCAAUGAUGAAACACCACAACAAGUGUUCCAGAAUAUUCUGAAAAGAGAUAUCCCUUGGCCAGAAGGUGAAGAGAAGUUAUCUGAGAAGGCUCAAAGUGCAGUAGAUAUACUGUUAACCAUUGACAAUACAAAGAGAGCUGGAAUGAAAGAGCUGAAACUUCAUCCUCUCUUCAGCGAUGUGGACUGGGAAAAUCUUCAGCAUCAAACUAUGCCUUUCAUCCCCCAACCAGAUGACGAAACAGAUACAUCUUACUUUGAAGCCAGGAAUAAUGCUCAGCACCUGACUGUGUCUGGAUUUAGUCUAUAGCACACACACUCUCCUAAAGCUAACCUGUGUCAUAGAAGCAGCUCGCAUAAUUAUACACUCCUUAAUACCAGGCUGAUCGACAUGUGGAAAAAAGUCAUUACGUUACCUGGGUCAGUGACCUUUAAAUGGAUGUUACACCUUUCACAAGAGUUAAAUAAGGAAUAUAAUCUGUAAUUUAUCUCAAUCUCAGAACUGUAUAUAAAUCUUUCAAACUUUCUUCGUCUUAUUUAUUUUGUUGACUGCACUUUACGAAAAGCACCAAUAAAAUUAGAAUGACACUACCAUGGUAUAGAGAAAGUCAUAAAUUCGAUUUUCUUUCUCUUUAGCUGAUGCUUUCAGUCCUCCAUUCAGCUUUAUGUUAAAAUAAUGGAGGACAAAUCAUAAUUUCAUUUGAAAGCAACUUAUUGCACAUGGUUGCCUGCAAAUGUUUGGUCUCCAGGGCAAUUUUUUAAAGGCCAUAUUUGAGACCUCAGAUGCAACUGAGAAUUCCUUUGCGCUGCAGCCUAACUCCUUUAGAGAAUGAGGAACAAGCAAGGCUAAUGUCUUAGUUUGCUUUACUACAUUUUUGCUGCCUUGACUGCUUUUUCGUGCUUCCUCUACAAUGUGUGUUUAAAAUAGCACUAAAAGGGUUAGGCGUGACAUACUGUAGCUUGCUCAACAUGCAUAGAAAAUUAGAUACUUUACUUCUUAUAGUUGUUUGUUUACAAUGUACACUAUCAGAGGCAGAAUAUCUUUAAAAAUUUUAUUUUGCUUAAUAGGUAGAGUGAGUGUGAAUAUCAUUCUGUUAAGAUACAGACAGACACACACACAGGUCAUACCCUAGAUUCAUUGAGAAUUUAAUUAAAAAGAACAAAUCUAAUUGCACUUUAGGAAAGUUUUUUGCUAAUGGUGUCAUCUAUUAAAUACUGUUGUUUCUU